AUGGAGGAAAGGACUGUAAGGGAGGGGUCUCAGAGGGGGUGGGGACAUACAGCCCCUGUCCAGGUCCCUAUUGGCUGGCAGCGCAAGGUGGAUCCAACUAAUGGAGUCAUCUACAUCAGGUAAGACCCAUUGCAGUGCUCUGUUUUUUGAAAUGAUGCCACAAUAAUGCACUUCUGUUUGGUUUGUAAUCAACAGUCUUGGUGGCUAGUAUCAACUCUCCAACCUGUGUGUGUUUCUUUCGGAGAGGUUGGGAUAAAGCACAAGAUAAAUGUCCUUAUUAGACAGUCAUGUAUAUUGGACAAUAAUUUUUUUAAUUUUAACAUGAUCCUUUGUUUGGUUUGUAACCUCCAGUCCUAGUGGCUCGGUGCUGUCCUGUCUAGACCGGGUGAAGAGCUACUUGCUUACAGACGGGACCUGCAAAUGCGGCUUGGAGUGCCCGCUCAUCCUCCCAAAGGUACGUUAACUAACCGUGUUGUUGGUUGUCGCGUCUGUCUGUCUAAGCCUUUAGCUAACCUCAAUUGACUCUGAAUGCCUAGCUGCCAAAGAAGCACUACACAAAGCUUGAAGGGAUACUUUGGGAUUUUGGCAACGCAGCCCUUUAUCUACUUCCCCAGAGUCAGAUCAACUCGUGGAGACCAUUUUUAUGUCUCUGUGUCCCGCAUUAAGGAAGUUAGAGGUAGUUUCGCAAGCCAAUGCUAACUAGCGUUAGCACAAUGAUUUGAUGUCUAUGGGUAACUGCUAGCAGAUACCCAUAGACUUCCAUUCAUUGCGCUAAAGCUAGUUAGCAAUUGCGCUUGUAAUCAACUUUCUUCAAACCGCACGCAGAGAAAUAAAAAUGGUAUACACAAGUUUAUCAGACUGGGGAAGUAUCUGGCCUCAUUGCCAAAAUCCCCAAGUAUUCCUUUAAGGGUAGAGAUUAAGAUUUACUCCUGAGUGAUCCAAAGAACAGUUUUGUUAAACCCAGGUAUUCAAUUAAACUGAGGUUGUUUUUCCACAUAUAUUAACCUACAUUUUCUUCUUAAUUUAUCAUUUUUUUGUGUGUUGCGUUAUAUUGAAACGGAGACGUGCAGGUCACUGCGUUCAUAUGCAAGGCAAGGCCAAUAUGUAUUCAUAUGCAAAUGUAGUGUAGGCUUCUGGAGAAGCAGGAGGCUUGGAGGAGGAUAUGACAAGCCAAGUAGUGGACAUUCCCUUUUAACUGGUCUUUACCUUAUGUACGUCCUUGUGGAUAAACCCCCUCCUUUCACCAAGACAGGUCAGGUAACAGAGAACUUACUCUCCUCUCCUCAGGUGUUUAGCUUUGAUCCGGGGGCUGCCGUUAAACAGAGGACGGCGGAGGACGUGAGGGCAGAUGAAGACGUCACCAAGCUGUGUAUCCACAAGAGAAAGCUGCUGGCUGUGGCCACGCUACACAAGAGUAUGACGCUACCGCACCCUGCUCUGACUCUUACCAGUCCUGUUGGAGGUACAAGUAUGUUUUGGUUGUUUUCCAAUGAUCAACUUCUCAAAGAUUUCAGACUGUUUCAUGGGUGAUAUAGAACAAGGUUAGAAAGAAAGUUGAACAUUAGAAAUUUGCUUCACAGUGGCAUUAUACUAAACACUUUCAAUGUUUUAAAGCUGGAGUCUGUGAUGGUGAAACUGCUACGUCUGUUUGCGAUAUUACAACAACAAAGAAGUUGCUUCAAACAACAAACACUGUUUAUUUCACUCUUGACAACAUUGCACAUCUUUGUAUGUGCGAUAGAACAAUCAAGUAUUUUUUUUAAUGCCUUUUUUUAACCACAAUGCUGGAAGCUCCUCUGUUCCGUUUCAUCAACAACAACAAUAACAAAUGUGCUAAGGCAAACAGUGGUGCUGUUUCCUCUAUUGCAGAUUUCAGCUUUAACAUUUCACCUAUCUUCCCCCCCCCAGGUUCAACAUCUAUGGUCCCGUCACAUUCCACGAAUCCACGAGCAAUACGGAAUAAAUCCCACGAGUCCCUGCUACCCAACUCUGUGGUUCCGAACUGCAAGAACCCUUUCAAAAUGAUGAUGGUGGCUGCAGCAGGUCAGCGGCACUUUCCCCAAGAGCUAGGAGGUCCACCCCAGCAGCAGGAGCUGUACCCUGGCUAUCUCAACAGACAACGGAGACUGAGCAGUGAGCCUGGGCCCAGGUCUUCGUACCGCUCUGGCUAUGGUAGCAUGCUGAGUCCAGGGGGCCCCGGCUCUCAGCUCUAUGGGCCCGGGGACGGGUCACCACUCUCCCCUAGCCUCAGGUCUGAUCCUCUGGGGAGCCCAGAUGGGUUUAGAAACAACCCCUGUGGCUUCCCUGGAGCCAACAACUCCAGUCCCAUCCACGGGGGCAACAGGAUGCCUCUCUCCCCACCAGGGAUGCUCCUCCACGGCUCUCCGGCUGGGGCCCAGACGUCCUGCGCUAUGGCAGGAAGGACUAGCACGCCCCUCUCCCCUACCGCCACUGUCAAAAGCCCAGUCAUGAUGAAGAAGCCUGUGUGUAACUUCCCCGGACCCCCCAGUAUGGAUAUGCCCAUACGAGCACCGUUUCACCACAAAACACAGCCCGGCGCCCCACACCCUGGCCCUCCGUCUGCCAUACCUCCCUCCUGCACCCUCCAGAAAAAUCUGCUGACCUCUGAAAAGGACCCGUUAGGCAUCCUAGAUCCCAUCCCCAGCAAGCCUAGCAUCAGUAUCAGCCAGACAAACUCCAACUUCCAACCUAGUGUCCACUCCUCUCAGGUACAAAUGAUGAAUGUAAACAUUAACAACCACCCUCCUCCUGCCGUCGUCCCCUUGCCAAGCAACCUCCCUCUCCCCACUGUCAAACCCGGCCCAGUGGGCCACACUCACGGAGGCCACAUGCAGAGGACUCAACAGCAGACCUCCAUAACCUCCAUGUCCCCCUCUCCCAUCACCUCCCCAGUCCACAUGUCAGGCCCUGUCCUGGGCAGCAGGAUGGAGGCCUCCCCCCAGCGCUCCCGCUCCUCCUCCACCUCCUCGGACCACGGGAGCUUUGCCAUGCCCUCAGGCCCCAGUCAGGGUCCGUGUGGUGGGAUGAAAGCUCCUCCUCGCUCUCCCCAGUCCUCCAUGGGAUCUCCCUGGCCCACCAUGCCCGUUAACAUGCCCUCUAGCCCCUCCUCUGCCAAGCCUGACUCACACCCACUCCACCAGUACAAAGACCUACCCAGUCAGCUGCUGGUUGGGAUGAGUAACCAGAACGCCAUCAACACCCAGCACAACAACCCCGGCAUGUACCCCCCUGCCACCUCCUCUGGCCCCUCCAUCGCUGCUCCUCACCAGGCCCACAACCAGAAGGGCCAGAACCACCCAGGUCUGUUAGGGAUGCCCCUGAACCAGAUCCUGAACCAGCAGAACGCUGCCUCCUUCCCCGCCAGCAGCCUACUGUCAGCAGCAGCCAAAGCACAGCUAGCAAAUCAAAACAAACAUGGUGACAACAGCAGUGAGCCUGGCGGUGGAGGUGGUGGUAUGGGGGGUGGAGGCCCAGGUAGGGUUGAUGGUAGUGGUGGUAGUAGUGGAGUUGGGCAUCCCACUGGCCCUCUCAGUGGCAUAGAGGGGCACAGUAGCAGCACUUUAAACCCCAUGCUUCCCCCUAACUCCACCAUGCUGAUGCCCUCCAUUGCGGAAGCAGCAGCAGGGGGUCAGAGCGGUCGAGCUGCCCUCCGGGACAAGCUCAUGGCCCAGCAGAGAGACAGAGGAGACCCCCUGGUCCGUAAGCGCAAGCAGCAGCCGUCAGGCCCCCCACCGCCCAACAACACCCUCAACCACCACGACAGCAUGGUCUUCAACAUGCUCAACAAGCCCCCUAACAUGGGUGGAGGUCCAGGUCCCAGGCUACCGCCACCAAGCUCAGCAGAACAGCUGAGGAAAGUGGCACGGCUUGGGUGCCUACCGCCCAACACCUCCAUGGCCCAGCUGCUUCAGUCCAUGAGCAACCACAACAACCACCAUAACCGGUACCAAGGUCCUGUAGGCCCCCCAAGCCCUGGUCAGAUGCACUACAGUGAUGGGGCUGGGGUCAUGCCUCCUGGAGUCUCCCAGCAGCAGCAGAACCUACUGGCCCAACAGAGGAUGCUAGGCCAAGGGGAGGGUCAAGGUAUGUUCUGCCAGAGUAUGGACUCUGGAGGCCCUCAUUCUCACGGCCCUCGGUUCCCAGGGUUGAUGAACCAGAUCCAGGCCAAUUCAUUGGUGAACUGUGUCCCUCUGGGGCCCGGUGGACAAGUGGGCCUUGGCCCUGGGAACAUGCCCCUGAGCCACCACCCCAACACUAACCCACCACCACUGUCCCACCCGUCUCACCCUAGUCAACAUCCACAUCAACAGCAGCACAGCCACCUUCACGCUGCACUGGGACGGACUAGUAUGUCAGGAAUGUCACUCGGCAACAAUGAUGGGAGUUGUGGUCAAACCAUCUCUGAGCCAGGUGAGACACUAACAGAAACACACACUUUGUUUGUUCGAUGAGCUUUGCCCUGAUGGUGUCAGAGUUUGGUAAAUUCACCCAGAUGGCUUUUGAGUUGAACGACAGUCUUAAUCUCUCGUAGAGAGUGUACGUUGAGAGGCUGGCCCUCAUGUUUGUGUAAUCAUUCAGGCUUCUCUCUUUUUAUUAGCAUGCUAGCUGCAAGUUCAGUGCUCAGCUCAGUGGCAGAAUACUGAAUGAAAACAUAUAUUUUUUUCUCCCUCCUUUUAAGAAAAUAAAUCUCUAGGCCAGAUAUAGUGAAGAGCUGGCUGGUAGCUAUAGUAACGCUUGGUUCUGAAUGGAGGCCUGGGUGAAGCCUUUGGAGAAGGGUUGUAUUCCUUCAGUAGUCCUAGUAUGUGUAUAUGCUCUGAUAUAGGCCUAACUGGAUAGAUAGUUGUUUUUCCUUCGGCCCACUGUGUUGAACGUGGCUGUAUUUGGCCUGCUGUUGUGUGAACACUAUAGCAGGAAGCAGUGCUAGAGUCUAUAAGAUACGGGAUAUGUUUGUCUUUAUGUAGGCUAGCUCAGCAAGCCUAGCAGCUAUCUUUAAUCUAUUUGUGGAAUGCUAGCCCAUCUCCGUAGAUGCGUUCAUUCCAACCAAACACUUAUCUUCCCCUACCUCAUGCCCAGGCAGCUCCCCCACCCCAGCCACCACCCCAAUCCCACCAUCCAGCCCUGCCUCUGACCCCAUCCCCAUCCCCCGGCUGGGCCGUUAAAUCACGUCCCUCCCCUUCCUCAACCCCCAGCCUUCUCCCAGGUUGCCAGCUCUGAAAUAAGCCAUGGCUCAGACAGCACCACCAAUCAUCACACCGUUCCCAUAGCAACCUCCCCUGCAACCAUCAUCACUAUAUCAUAGCAGGGCAGAUGCCUUGGCUGAGCCCUGGUGAGGCUAGUGUGAGAGGACAGGAGAGGCGGAGGACAGGAGAGGAGCUAGUGAGAGGAGGAGAGGAGCGAGUGAGAGGAGGGGAGGAGCGAGUGAGGGGAGGAGCAAGUGAGGAGAGGAGCGAGUGAGGAGAGGAGAGAAGCGAGUGAGAGAGAGGAGGAGAGGAGCGAGUGAGAGGAGCGAGUGAGGUGAGGAGAGGAGCGAGUGAGGAGAGAAGCUAGUGAGAGGAGCGAGUGAGAGAGAGGAGGAGAGGAGCUAGUGAGAGGAGGAGCUAGUGAGGGGAGCUAGUGAGAGGAGGAGAGGAUCUAGUGAGAGGCUCUAGUGAGGAGCUGGAGAGGAGCUAGUGAGAGGAGAGAUGAGCUAGUGAGAGGAGGAGAGGAGCUAGUGAGAGGAGGAGAGGAGCUAGUGAGAGGAGGGAGGAGCUAGUGAGAGGAGCUAGUGAGAGGAGGAGAGGAGCUAGUGAGAGGAGGAGAGGAGCUAGUGAGAGGAGGAGAGGAGCUAGUGAGAGGAGGAGAGGAGCUAGUGAGAGGAGGAGAGGAGCUAGUGAGAGGAGGAGAGGAGUAGUGAGAGGAGGAGAGGAGCUAGUGAGAGGAGGGAGGAGCUAGUGAGAGGAGGAGAGGAGCUAGUGAGAGGAGGAGAGGAGCUAGUGAGAGGAGGAGAGGAGCUAGUGAGAGGAGGAGAGGAGCUAGUGAGAGGUGAGAGGAGCUAGUGAGAGGAGGAGAGGAGCUAGUGAGAGCAGCUAGUGAGAGGAGGAGAGGAGCUAGUGAGAGGAGGAGAGGAGCUAGUGAGAGGAGCUAGUGAGAGGAGGAGAGGAGCUAGUGAGAGCAGCUAGUGAGAGGAGGAGAGGAGCUAGUGAGAGGAGGAGAGGAGCUAGUGAGAGGAGGAACUGAAAGAGACCAGUGAGGAGUGGAGCACAGGACUAGAGCCUAAACCAGCGGGCUUUCCAGCUAGCUAUAGAGCACUGCAACAGCUGCUCCAGUCACUGCCAGCCACAGGUCUACAGCUGCUCCAGUCACUGCCAGCCACAGGGCUACAGCUGCUCCAGUCACUGCCAGCCACAGGUCUACAGCUGCUCCAGUCACUGCCAGCCACAGGUCUACAGCUGCUCCAGUCACUGCCAGCCACAGGGCUACAGCUGCUCCAGUCACUGCCAGCCACAGGUCUACAGCUGCUCCAGUCACUGCCAGCCACAGGGCUCGUCUCCCUGACACACACACCAUCUCCAAGAAUCUCUUUCUCUUUCAAUCUCGGCCGUCGGCACCAUAUUUAAUGCAAGACUUUUCGUAUGGUUGUAAAAGUGUAUUCGUUCAAUGACAAGAAUUUCCAUCUUCCCACUCCUCUUCCAUCAUUUUGCUCAUAUGUCCUUUGUGACAUCAGGAGUAGAAUUGUGCUGACUCACUCAUUAAUUCAUGAUGAUAUUAUUCAUAUUGAUAAGGGAAAAAUAGACCUUGACAUUUGGAGACGGGUAUAUCUUGUGUAUACUGUGAGACGGUACGAUACAGUUUUACAAGUUUCAAAUGAUUCUUUCCACCAAUAAGGACUCCUGUCUUGUUGUCAGUCAGAGUAUUGAUUUCCCCCUCUGACCUGUCUGUCCUCUCCAGGCAGUUAAGGUGUGCAAUUUCCCUGAUUUGAAAAUAACAAUGAACAGUAUUAUUCUUCCACCCCAACAGGAGACCCAUCUAACCUAGUAAACUGCAGUAUGGGCAACAUGGCCAGCCUCCAGCCCCACGUCAUCAACAGCUCCAGCAGUGGUGGUGGUACCAAGGUGUUCCAGCAGCAUCAGGCCCAGCAGCAGCAGCUUCAUCAGGGCAUUCAGCGGGCCAUGCAGGGCCUCCCUCCUGGCUACCACAGCUCACAGCAACCUGGCUUCCCUGAGAACAACUCCUCCAACUCCCACCCUAUGGCCUGCCUCUUCCAGAACUUCCAGGUUAGUCUGUCUAUUUGAAGGGUGUGUUCAGUGACGCGAAACAGCUCUGAACGUUGCAGAUAGAAAUAGAAUGAAUAGAGCUGACAAGAUUCUCUGAUUCACUACUGGCGGAUGAUCUACACGGUACAUUUCUGUAACAUUUCUGUAACAUUCCAUCCUCCUGAAAAGGACCCCAGUUGUUGUUCCUUGUGGAUUCUCUGACAUGCUAGGAGUGAUGAUGUCACAUUUCCCCUUUUCAUCUGGAUGAAUUUUACGUCUGUCUUGUUUCAGGACCGUUUGCUAGACAACAGCAUAUCAGUCACUCACUCACAGAUGAUCGCUCAGUCUGGUAUGACAUCACUUCCUGAGUCUCAGGGGAUGCUGUCACACCCCCAGUUUGGUGUCGGCCAACGGGAGAUGCAGCAGACGCAGGGAGAGAGGCUACCCCCAGGGAUGCACGGCCCUGAUAGGCUACCCAGCGGAGGGGUGGAGUCCGUAGACGCCAUCUACAGGGCUGUGGUGGAUGCUGCCAGUAAAGGAAUGCAUGUAGUCAUCACCACCACGGUUAGUGGCACCACCCAGUCCAGCCCUGUACCCACUCUCAGCACCAUGAGUGCCUUCACCAACUCCGUAGGGGAGCCGGUCAGCAUCAACCACAACCUCCCACACGGCCAUGCUGCAGUCAGCCAUAGUGGCCACCGGGUGGCGCACCAGGAUGGGGAGCAGACACCGACCCUGAGCCAACAGCCCAGCUCCAGGCAGGUUAGAGUAGGACGGCCCCGGAAGAACUCUGGUCAGGGGAAGAGUAAUGUUAGCAUCCCCGAGGGUCAGGGAGCACUUCCAGAGGCCCCCCACCAGGACUACUUCAGAUCCCCAGACCAUGGCACCCCCAGGGGGCAGUGGGAAGGCGAGACCGGGCACCCUGGAAGUCUGGACGGAGGUCACACGGCGUGGGGCGGUGAGGAGUUCCUAGAGUGUUCCACUCAUGUACGGAGCAGCCCCUGUAUGGAGAGACCUGGGAGUCUAGCUCCUGCACCCCCCUGUCCAGCCGACAGCGGCCCCCACGAAGGUCACCACCACUCUCUCCCCAUCCCCUCAGACAAGGCCUUCCUGGAGGAUGGAUUCAACCGCUUCAACAACUGCAACCGGACGGCCGUGAACAUCAUCAACUACAAAGAGAGGUUGGAUCAGACUGUGGAGAGAUGCGCCCAUAUGAACGGAGGUGGCGUCGGACCCCCCCAGGUCCAGUUCUCUCUCCGGGGGUACGGUGUUUCCGACCCCCUCGGCCCCCCUAGACAGGGAGACCUAACCGGGGACGACCAGUCUCCCAGCUCCUCCACCAGCCUGGAGGGUCCGUUGGUUAAAGAGUACGUGGGCCACUACAACGGUCACUUCAACGGAGGCUGUGCCCCCAGCCCAUCUGACACCAAGUCCCUGAGCAGCGAGGAGGACCUGAGGCACCCGGACAGCCCCUCGUCAGAGAUGCUCCACUAUAGACCCAGGACGUUUAACAUGGGGGAUCUGGUCUGGGGACAGGGCUUUAAAGGGUUCCCGUCCUGGCCUGGUAAACUGGCAGGGGAGGAGGCGGGGCACAACCAUCACCACCAUGCCAGCCUGCAGCUCAGAGAGGAGAGUAAGGUGAGAUAUCAGGACCGACUCUGGUCUCUUUCAUGAUUGACUUUAACUGAAAGUAACUGUGGGAGAACACUACUUCUGAGCUCUUCAGACAUGCUACUGGUGGUCAUAGUGAUGGGACUUAGUCAGGCUUUAGGUCCUAUUAUUAGACAGAACACAAUGUCUGACAUCUGUUAUUACCCCAGGUGGAGCCAGAGAAGCUGGAAACACUAUCUGACAUCUGUUAUUACCCCAGGUGGAGCCAGAGAAGCUGGAAACACUGUCUGACAUCUGUUAUUACCCCAGGUGGAGCCAGAGAAGCUGGAAACACUGUCUGGACAUCUGUUAUUACCCCAGGUGGAGCCAGAGAAGCUGGAAACACUGUCUGGCAUCUGUUAUUACCCCAGGUGGAGCCAGAGAAGCUGGAAACACUGUCUGACAUCUGUUAUUACCCCAGGUGGAUCCAGAGAAGCUGGAAACACUGUCUGGCAUCUGUUAUUACCCCAGGUGGAGCCAGAGAAGCUGGAAACACUAUCUGACAUCUGUUAUUACCCCAGGUGGAGCCAGAGAAGCUGGAAACACUGUCUGACAUCUGUUAUUACCCCAGGUGGAGCCAGAGAAGCUGGAAACACUGUCUGACAUCUGUUAUUACCCCAGGUGGAGCCAGAGAAGCUGAAGACUCUAACACAUGACCUGGAGGCCCUGGACAGAGCGACCAAGAGGAACAGAAAGUAAGUUAUAUUGUUGUAGGAUGUAUGGUACUGUACAUGUUGUGAUUAUCUACAUCGGUGUGUAUGUGGAACCACUUUCUCCUGUGUUUAAAAGAGACAUUGCUUUUCGAUAAACGGAAGUGUUUUUUGUUUUUUUUGCUCCAUUUGAAGAAUGGAAGUCCAUCCCACCAUCCAUUCUAGAAUGUUGAUGGGCCAGGCUAGUUCCACAUCCCGGCUGGCUAGUUCCACGUCCCGGCUGGCUAGUUCCACGUCCCGGCUGGCUAGUUCCACGUCCCGGCUGGCUAGUUCCACACCCCGGCUGGCUAGUUCCACGUCCCGGCUGGCUAGUUCCACGUCCCGGCUGGCUAGUUCCACACCCCGGCUGGCUAGUUCCACGUCCCGGCUGGCUAGUUCCACGUCCCGGCUGGCUAGUUCCACGUCCCGGCUGGCUAGUUCCACGUCCCGGCUGGCUAGUUCCACGUCCCGGCUGGCUAGUUCCACGUCCCGGCUGGCUAGUUCCACGCCCCGGCUGGCUAGUUCCACGUCCCGGCUGGCUAGUUCCACGUCCCGGCUGGCUAGUUCCACGUCCCGGCUGGCUAGUUCCACGUCCCGGCUGGCUAGUUCCACGUCCCGGCUGGCUAGUUCCACGUCCCGGCUGGCUGUGUCCAUCCCGGCUGGCUGCUCUCAGUAUUGAGGAGUGGUUAAUAGCACCUGUCUGUACUCUCUGUCCCACUCUGCAGCCAUUUGACCAUGGCUGCGUCCCAAAUGGCUCCCUAUUUAAUGCACCACUUUUGAGCCCUGGUCAGAAGUACUGCACUAAAUAGGGAAUAGGGUGUUUUUGGGAUGCACCCUGUGUGCCUGCUGCUUCCCUGCUGCUUCCCUGGUGCUGCCCUGGCUGGCUAGUCAUUAUCCCCUGGAGCUGCCCUGGCUGGCUAGUCAUUAUCCCCUGGUGCUGCCCUUGCUGGCUAGUCAUUAUCCCCUGGUGAUGCCCUGGCUGGCUAGUCAUUAUCCCCUGGUGAUGCCCUGGCUGGCUAGUCAUUAUCCCCUGGUGAUGCCCUGGCUGGCUAGUCAUUAUCCUCCGGUGAUGCCCUGGCUGGCUAGUCAUUAUCCCCUGGAGCUGCCCUGGCUGGCUAGGCAUUAUCCCCUGGUGCUGCCUUGCUGGCUAGUCAUUAUCCCCUGGUGAUGCCCUGGCUGGCUAGUCAUUAUCCCCUGGUGAUGCCCUGGCUGGCUAGUCAUUAUCCCCUGGUGAUGCCCUGGCUGGCUAGUCAUUGUCCCCUGGUGAUGCCCUGGCUGGCUAGUCAUUAUCCCCUGGUGAUGCCCUGGCUGGCUAGUCAUUAUCCCCUGGUGAUGCCCUGGCUGGCUAGUCAUUAUCCCCUGGUGAUGCCCUGGCUGGCUAGUCAUUAUCCCAUGGUGAUGCCCUGGCUGGCUAGUCAUUAUCCUCCGGUGAUGCCCUGGCUGGCUAGUCAUUAUCCCCCGGUGACGCCCUGGCUGGCUAGGCAUUAUCCCCUGGUGCUGCCUUGCUGGCUAGUCAUUAUCCCCUGGUGAUGCCCUGGCUGGCUAGUCAUUAUCCCCUGGUGAUGCCCUGGCUGGCUAGUCAUUAUCCCCUGGUGAUGCCCUGGCUGGCUAGUCAUUGUCCCCUGGUGAUGCCCUGGCUGGCUAGUCAUUAUCCCCUGGUGAUGCCCUGGCUGGCUAGUCAUUAUCCCCUGGUGAUGCCCUGGCUGGCUAGUCAUUAUCCCCUGGUGAUGCCCUGGCUGGCUAGUCAUUAUCCCUGGUGAUGCCCUGGCUGGCUAGUCAUUAUCCCCGGUGAUGCCCUGGCUGGCUAGUCAUUAUCCCCGGUGAUGCCCUGGCUGGCUAGUCAUUAUCCCAUGGUGAUGCCCUGGCUGGCUAGUCAUUAUCCCUGGUGAUGCCCUGGCUGGCUAGUCAUUAUCCCAUGGUGGUGGCUCAUCUGCAGUACCAUUACUGCUGGAUAAAAUCCAUAUCCUGUGUCAUCAUACCCCACCACUGGCGGGCAGCAUUACCACCUUGGAGCUGUUUCUUCCCUCCACUGGAUCUCCCCUCCUGAAUGCUUCUGCAAGUACCUGGUACCACCGUGAUGGCCAUGCUUACAGCUCAUUUAUUAUGCCUAUCUAUACAAUUAUAUAAUAAAUGCCCAUUUACUACCUGUUCUCACACAACACACUACAGCAUGCUGCGUACAUUUCCCUUGGGUGGUUCCCCACAUUGGUACAGCUCAUGUAUAAUCACCUAAUAUCCUUCCGUAGCAGGAGGCAGAGUUGAAAAGAUCUAAGGCCAAGAGAUUAUUCAUAUAAUUGUCCAAAGUGAAAAAGAAAAUGCUGAGUGUUUAGGUUUAGGACUUAUUUAUGUUUCUGAAGCAUGAUUUUUUCAUUGUUCCCAACAGAGCUGGGAAGUUGAAUAAUCAUUUAGAAGCUGCUAUACAUGAGGCCAUGAGCGAGCUGGACAAGAUGUCAGGGACUGUGAGUAUACAAGAUUACAACCCCAUGCUCUCCCAGAAGGCCUCUCCUCUUCUCUCUCCCCCUCAUCCUCUCCUGUCUCCCGUCUCCCUCUCCUCUCCUCUGUCUCCCUCUCCCUCUCCUCUGUGUCACCCACCUCUUUCUCUCCCCUCUCCUCUCCUCUCCCCCUCCACUACCCCUCUCCCCUCUCCUCUCCCCCUCCACUACCCCCUCUCCCUCCUCUCCCUCCCUCUCUCCUCUCCCUCUCUAGACUGUCCCACAGGCUAAGCUGAGCAGAGCUAAGACUACAGCCACUGUUGAUCCAAGGGCUGUCUCUGUGUCAGCCGGGAGACACCACACACACACACACACACACACACACACACACACACACACACACACACACACACCCCCCAGUCAGAGGAUUACAUAAACAAGAUGAAACAGCCCCUCAACCAGCACCACAUUUCAAUUUGAAAAGGAUUCACUGUGUUGUUAAUGCAUCUUGCAGCCUUUCCUCUUAAUUCAGACAGGCUGAAUAUGAAACCAGACACUUUCAGCGGAGAAGAGGACCGAGUGAGCUUUGUCAGAUUAGGACGUGGUCUUUUGGAGUAAUGUCUGAACUCGUGCUAUGAAACACUGUAGAAUAUACACUACUACCUGCACAAGCCAACAGAGACUGGGUUGUUUGCUUGAAAAGCACUGGAUGAUGCUGUGGCAUGGAUUAAUACGUCUUCUAUUAAGUAUUUUCUGUCCUCAGGUUAAAGGUUAAGGCUGAAAGUUAAGUGUUAUUUAAAUGUUAGGGUUAAAUGUUAGGGUUAAUGGAAAAUGUUAUGGUUAGGGUUAAAUUAGAGCCCUAAGUUAUGCAUUAAUAUGUACUGUAUUAUGUCUUCUCUGUCCUCAGGUUCAUCAGAUCCCUUCCAGAGAUAGACAGGUGAAGCUGCCCAAGCCCAAGAGGAGAAAGAUCUCCAGAUAA